UAUCGGGGGCGCGCCGGGGACGCCCGCACGGCGGUAGCGCUCGGGCCCGGAGGCCGCGGAUAAAUGGCCCGGAGGCCGCGCGCCGCGAGGCCGCUCCUCGGGGGGCGCGGGCCGGCCGCGCUCGUCGCUCGGGCUCUGGUCUCCGCCUCCCUUGGCCUCGGUCGCCGCGGCCGACGGCGGACGGGAGGUUCGAGCUCUCGGGCUCCGCCGCCUUCCACUCUCCUCGGCGGCUGCCCGGGCCUCUUGCAGGGGCCGGGCGGGGGUCCGGCCGGGCUGCAGACCUCGGACGGCAGCGCGCCCGUGUCCCGGCACACCGGGGCUCUGGCCCCGCGGACGCAUCGCCGACAGCGCGACCACGGCGGGACUGAGGAUGGCCGGGUCCUGGUGUGCCCACCCUGUAAUGGCCCUGUCCCAGUGAGACGGGGGGAGAGCCCCGAUGUGGCGGUCGGAGCGCACGUGGAUGGAGACUGUCGGCGUCCCCCCGGGCAGGAGACAGCGAAGGUGUUUACGUCCCGCUGCUCCAGAGAGGGCUGCAGGAGAGAGAUCCUGCGGGCGGCGUGUGAGGAGUGCCGUGGCAGCCUCUGCCUCCAGCACAGACGCCCUCUGGACCACGGCUGCGCCCGCAGGGGCCACCCCGGCAGCUUAGCCGGGUGAGGACGGCCUCACUCAGCCUACGUGUUGGGACCACCUGGACCUGGAAUUGAGUCCCACGCUUGCCCGUGGGGGCGCAGUAUUCGCUGUGAGGUUUGGGUGAAUAUGAUCUAAGUUAAAAGUGGACUCAAUUGAAGCUGGAUUCUAGUCGUUGUCUGCUGGGACCUCAGUUCUGAAGCUAGAAGCCGCGCUCACAGUGUGGGGGGCGGGGGCGGGCUCCUUUCUGGGGCCGUGGGGAGGGUGGCCUGCGGACGCGUCACCCUGAUCUCUGCCUCCUGUGGCGUUCUCUCUGCGGUGGUCGCCAAGCGUCCCCUUGGCAGCCCAGCAGCCUGUGGGGCCAGAUAGUGACCCCCUCCCCGCACUGUGAGAUCAGCUUCACACGCCGUCAACCGCCUGCCCUCCCCGUGGGCCUGGGGUUGCCAUAGUCCAGCCGCCUCCUGAUGGCAGCCCAGCCCCUCCACUGGCUGGCAGCCAGGAGAGCCCCCUCGGGAACGUGGACCAUCUGCCCCCACCUGCCGCCUCCUGUGACCGUCUCUCGUGGUGUCUGCCUGAACCAGGUGGAGGGUCCCCUCAUCCCCGUGCGUGUGGCCUCCGUGCUAGAGGUUCAAAGUAAAGUGAUGGCGUGGCUGAUCCUGCCCAGACGGGCCUGCUCGCGUGCGUGACGCCCCUCGUGCUCCAGCAGGCCCUGCUUCCCACGCGGGCAGCUCUGGCCUGGGCGCCAGUCGCGGGCUUCUGUCACUCAGACCACCGACAGCGGGCCACACGCCGUCUUCCCACAUGGCUCCUGUGAUCAGCCAUCCGAGCCCAGGUGGAGGGGGGCCGCCUCCCCUGUUGGGGUCCUUGUCCAGGUGUCCCCCCGCCCACCGCUCCUGAUCCACUGAGAGGACAGCCGUGACCCUCUGACUACAGGCGUUGCGGUGACACCAGGAGAGCCCUCGUCUCCUGGGACCUCGGGCGCCAGGAAACCGGAGGAAGAGAAAUGCUGUCUGGUUGGGUCCCCAUCGUAACCCACAGGGCAUGCAGCCGGGGUCACCCUUUGCUUGCUGGGUUCGGAGCCUCAGGACACGGUGGAGGGCAGCGUGUUGGGUCCGCAGUCCGCAGGUGGGAGAUGCGGCUGCCUGUGGCCCUCCUCUGGUUCGUGGUGGCAGGUCUAGGCCACUGGCCCUCAGAUGUGCCGGGAUCGCCCGGGGGCCUGUGAGCAGCGCAGCCCCACCCUGCCCGCGUUCCUGCUGCCGUGGGUCUCGGGGCGUGAGCACGAAGCCCUUCCUGGGGUCUGGGUCUACGUGGCGGCCACUCGCCGGUGUUAGGAAGCAGCGUUGAGUGUCGGUAACUUGAGUGUGUGUCUUCUCAACUGCAAGUUUUAUGCCAUCUAUACACGGAUCACGUCUUUCUCAGGAGAGGUUAAUGUCCAAACUGACUCUGUAGAGCUGGGUUUUGAAGACCAUACCAAAAAAAAAAAAUCUCGUUACAAAUAUUUACAGGUUGAAAUAGUAUUUUGGAUAUAAUGGAUUAAAUAAAGUAUUAAAGUGAA